AUGGACGUUUCAUUUUUGAAAGUCAUUUUUGCUUUAAUGGCAUUUUCAAUUGUUAUUUUAAGUGUUUUAAUUAAUACAAUUGAAUCUAAAUUACCAGUAGCUAUAGUGCAAACAUUUAGGUAUGGUAAAUUUUCAAGUGAAAAAAAAUAUUUUUUAGUUAACUAUGUGGAAGUACCAAAAAAUUGGUUCAAACAUUUUUAUUCAUUUGCUGCUAUUUGGUCUACACUAGGAUUUGUAUUAGUAUUAUUUACUUUUGUAUUCAAAGUGUCUGUUCCUGAGUAUGUAACACAUUUCCUGGAUAUAGUAGCUCUGAAGAAUCGACGGACUUCAUACAAUGCAACCGCUACUACAGUUGCCAUGUUUUGUAUGUUAAUCCAAUGCUGGAGGCGCUUCUAUGAAACUCAUUAUUUAAGUAUUUUUUCUGAUUCAAAAAUUAACAUCACUCAUUAUGUUAUUGGUUAUGUACACUACUUUGGUUGUAUAACAGCUAUUUUAGCCGAGGCACCAUCGCCUUUCACUGGACUUUCUGUUGACCAUCCAUCCUAUUUUUUAGUCAACAAUAUUAACAUAAGACUGAUUAUUGGUAUUAUUAUUUUUUUGUGGGCUUUUCAACAACAAUAUUUGGCAAAUGUAACUUUGGUAAAUUUGAGAACAAAUAAAGAAGGAAAAGUAAUAACAUAUGAACACAAAAUUCCAAUUGGUGGUUUAUUUGACAAAAUAUCUUGCCCUCAUUUAUUCUGCGAAGCAGUUAUGUACAUGGCUUUGUACAUUAUGCUUUGGGGAAGUCAAAUAUGGCCUUACGUUUUUUUUUGGGUGUUAAGUAAUCAGUGUGAAUCUGCAAUGUUAAAUCAUUGGUGGUACCAGUCAAAAUUCAAAAUGUAUCCAAAAGAGAGAUGUGCUUUUAUUCCUUUCAUCUUAUAA